AUGGCGGCCCUUAACAGGGAGUUUCUUCUUCAAUUAAAUUUGUUUAUACUCCUUGCGAUAAGGCGACAACAAAGAAAAAGAAAAAAACACCGCUUCUGGGUCAGAGAAAUGUUUCAGAAGCGAGAAGAGCUUGGUGCGUACCAUAGACUAGUCCUAGAACUUCGUCUGCACGACAGAGAAUACUUCUUCAGGUUCGUACUUUUAUCUUUUACAAUAAUUUUCGAUUUUCUAAGGUAUUGUUUACGUAGUAAAAAAUUCCAUACUUAUUUGGUGUAAAUUUCAGAUUCUUACGUAUGUCACCGGACCGUUUUGACCAUCUGUUAUCACUUGUUGGACCACUCAUUGCGAAAAAGCACUGCAAAUCACGUAAACCAAUAUCACCUUCCGAGCGUCUUGCAGUUACCUUACGCUAUCUUGCCACGGGUGACUCCCAACAAAGUCACGCAUUUUAUUUCAGAAUUGGGCGUUCUACUGUAUCGAAUAUUGUGAAAGAAACUUGCAACGCUUUGUGGACCGCACUAAAUCAGGAUUACCUUAAAUCACCAAGCACUGAAGAACAAUGGACUAAUAUUGCUGAUGAAUUUGAAAGAGAAUGGAACUUUCCGCAUUGUAUUGGUGCAUUAGAUGGGAAGCAUAUCGCAAUGGAAUGCCCUCGUAAUGCAGGAUCAGCGUUCUUCAACUACAAAAACUUCCAUAGUAUUGUACUAUUGGCGACGUGUGAUGCUAAAUAUUGUUUUACCUUGAUUGACAUUGGGGCAUAUGGACGAGAAAAUGACGCUGGAGUUCUGACAGAUUCUGCCUUCGGUCAAGCUUUUGAAUCUGAUGCAGUACACCUAAAUUUACCUCAGCCAGUCAAAGUUGGUACAAGGUAGACACCUUACGUGUUAGUUGGAGAUGAUAUAUUUCCUUUAAAAGAAUGGUUAAUGAAACCAUACCCGGGCAAGAAUUUAACUGAGCCAGAAAGAGUAUUUAAUUAUAGAUUAUCCAGGGCACGAAGAACUAUAGAGAAUGCUUUUGGUAUUCUGGCAGCAAAAUGGCGUAUUUUUGGAAGGCCAAUACGAGGCAGUGUUAAUUUAGUAGAGAACAUUACCAGAGCCACAGUAUGUCUGCAUAACUAUCUACAGUUAACAGAUAAUGCAGCCUACAUUCCAGAGAAGUUCAUUGAUAGUGAAGACUCGGCUGGUAACAUAGUUCAGGGUGACUGGAGAGAAGUUGUGGAAAACGAUGGAGGAUUGAGAAAUUUGGGAAGAUUGGCAGGAAACAGAUACAAGUUCAAUGCUAGUAAAGCAAGAAAUUAUCUCAAUGAUUAUUUUAAUCAGGAAGGCCAAGUGCCUUGGCAAUUAUGUCAUGUUCGAAGUUGUGGUAAUGUUAACAGUUAA